GCGGGGGAGGGGGAGGGCGACGGGCUGGGGAGGGGAGGGCGCGGCGGCCGGGGAGCGGGGGAGAGAGAGGGAGAGCCGCUUCGGGUUUGGCCGACGGGCAUGCAGCGGGGGGGGCGAGGACAUCGCGUGGGAGAGAGUGGCCGGGUUAAUAACGGGAAAGUACACGCAGCGGCGGUUAUAAAGGAGCGACGAGCGUCACAACGCGUAGCGCACGGACACACGCAGCCGGAAACAAAAAGACCCGUCGCGCAUCGCAUCUCCUUUCAUGCGGCGUAGCAUUCGCUAUCCAUCGUGCCGAUUUCCCAUGGCUAUAACACUGACACUGCCAUUACUGACCACUGACUCUCAUUACUGACCACUGACUGUCAUCUACUAACCACUAACACGCACAAUGCCCCCUGACCUCUUCAGGGACCCCCUCAAGCCCAGCAACGGCCUUACCCUCACCCCGUUCCACAUACUCGCCCUCGCCCUUUGCGCCGUAUCUCUCAUCCUAACAAACCUUCUCGGCCCGAACCCCCUCUCGGGGCCUCUUACGCGCCUGUCUAUCCUCCUCGUCCUUCUCCUCCUCUCACACCAUUUCAUUCUUUACAUGCUCUCCUACCAUUCCGCCUCGUUGGCCAAAGCGCACGAAGAAGAAAAGGCAAGAAUGGAUCCCUUGGUGAAGAGUAAGAUUGAACAGAAAAAGAGCGACUGGGAAUACCCGGACGCCCACCCUAGUAAAUUCCUGACGACCAGGGAGGGGAAGCCACGACUUUUCCCGUUUCCCCUCGGACUGGCCGGUAGGGGUGCAAGUAAAGAACUGUGGUGGGAAGCGGGGAAUAGUUCUCACAUGCAAGUGUUCUAGGACCGUCAUUCUGUGCAAAGUGUCUGGAAGAAGCGCUGCUGACAGCAAGUGUGUCCCUUAGCGGCCACUACAACCAACGCGAGACGCCUGCUGCCAGGGACCAACUAAAAGCCGAGAUGGAAGCAAAGGAAUCUGCACGACAGAAAAGGGCCAAAAAGACAAUCAAGGAAUUUGAAACGGCUAGGCAAAAAUGGACGACAAGGUUGACCAACCUUAAAGUUUUAAUGUCUAUUAUAUCUAUUGGUCUCGGUAGGUCGUCUUGACCCAGUCGAUCCAACCGGGCAUGUCAUUCAGCAGUCCCAUGAGCAAUCUCCACUGACUCCCUUGUGAAAACUACACAUAGACGCCGGGCAUGGCAAUCACCUAUCUUUACGAACCUGACGGCAACAGCGUCAAACCGGCCGGCAAUAUACCAACCAGAGCACCGAGCCACCGCCUUACUACGACCUACGAUAGUCG